UAGCUGUAGGUGAAGCUGCCUCUCUCUACCAUACUGAAGCAGGUGUCCAACAUGGCGAACGCAGGCUGCGGCUCUCUGGCGACUAUUCUCUUUUUAUUCUUCUUUCAAGCGGCUCUUCAUAAAGGAGCUGCACAAUACCCAGUGGUGAGUCAGAACCUGGUGACAGACAAUGUGUCCGUGGUGGAGGGGGAGACGGCGAUCAUCAGCUGCCGGGUGAAGAACAACGACGACUCUGUGAUACAGCUGCUUAACCCCAACAGGCAGACAAUUUACUUCAAAGACCUGAGGCCACUGAAAGACGCUCGCUUCCAGCUGGUGAACUUCUCAGACAAUGAGCUGCGGGUGUCACUGUCUAAUGUCUCGCUGUCAGACGAGGGUCGAUAUGUUUGCCAGCUCUACACGGAUCCCCCGCAGGAAGCCUACGCUGACAUCACUGUGCUAAUUCCUCCAGGUAACCCCAUCAUCGAGGCCCGCGAUGAGGUCCUGAGCGAGGGCAACGAGACAGAGAUGACCUGCAUUGCCAUGAGCAGCAAGCCCGCCGCCACCAUCAGAUGGAUGAAGGGAGAUAAGGAGCUCCCAGGCAAACCCAAAGUCGAGCUGACGUACGACAAGAUGUACACAGUCACCAGCCGCCUGACGCUAACCGUGAACAAGGAGGACGACGGCGUGCCCGUGAUCUGCAUCGUAGACCACCCGGCAGUCAAGGACUUCCAAGCACAGAAGUACCUGGAGGUUCAGUACAAACCGGAGGUCAAGAUUGUGGUGGAAUUUCCUCAGGGUCUGACCAGGGAAGGAGAGAACUUGGAACUGACGUGUCAGGCCAAAGGCAAACCCCAGCCCCAGCGGGUGAACUGGGUGAAGGUGGAUGACGACGUUCCAUCCCACGCCGUCAUCACCGGUGGCGAUCUUUACAUCGAAAACUUAAACAAGUCCUACAACGGGACCUACCGCUGCGUGGCGUCCAAUUCGGUGGGGGAGUCUUUCGACGACUACAUCCUCUACGUCUAUGAUGCUCCCACCACCACCCCUAAACCCACCACCGCCACCACCACCACCAUCACCAUCACCACCACCAUCUCCCACCAUGAAGCCAAUCAAGACCCUGCGCCCAGCACUGAACCUGCAGCUCAUGAUUCACGAGCUGGAGAGGGAGCACCCAGAACGGUGGACCAUGCCGUGAUUGGAGGAGUGGUGGCCGUGGUCGUCUUCGCCAUGCUCUGUCUACUCAUCGUUCUGGGGCGCUACUUUGCAAGACACAAAGGUACCUACUUCACGCACGAAGCCAAGGGAGCGGACGAUGCAGCGGACGCAGACACGGCUAUCAUCAACGCAGAGGGUGGCCACACCAACUCGGACGAAAAGAAGGAGUACUACAUCUAAUCAAAAUCAGGACCCCUCACUCUAGUGUCCUCUUUGGGACGCGGAGCUGGUUUUAGGGCUGAGGGGAAGGGGGUUUUGGGGGAAUGGGAGGUCAAUGGAGGGAUCGGAGGUGGUUCAGGGUCACUUUUAGUGAGAGUAGAGGGGUCGACGCGUAGACGAGGGACGAGUUUUUAAAGAGAGGCCUGGUUUUAAGCCGUUGUUUAGUCUAGUCUGCAGAUGUACAGUAGAUGGAAUGUUUCGUGUGUUCAAAAAAACUAAAAAUUCAAAAAAGGAGGAAAAAAAACAACAAAACAAAACACGGGAGGGUUUGGCUUAUUCGUUAAACUGAGUAAAGGGG